CGCAGUUUACCUAGAGGAGCAGUUGGUCAGAAAGCAGCGGAGCGGCGGGUUCGGUUCGACCCGAACUCUGUCCGAACUUCUACGGAACCUCAGGCGGUCAGAGUGCAGCAGGAGCGGUUCGAACCGACUUCACCCGAACUUCCAUCCGAACCCCAGAGUGAUUCAGGAGGUUUAAACUCAGAGAGUUCCGACAGAGUUCUGCAGAACUUUUCUCUGGAUUUGGAGUCUGAGUGUAAGCUUCAGGUUGGUUCCGAUCAGAAGAUGUCCGAGUAGCGGAUCGGGGAGCCUGAUCCAGUCUGGGUCCAGCCCGGUUCCGACAUGGAGCCUGUGAGCGGGUGGAGUCCGCAACAGGUGGAGGACUGGAUGAGAGAGAGAUGAAGUCAGAGUGGCUGUGGAUGGUGAUGCUCCAGUAGCAGUCAGUGCUGCAGUGAGUCAGAAGAAGCCUCUGACCGCGGUUAGCAGCCUGAGGGGUUUUCAUGAACCAGGUGUUUUCAGGUCCAACGCUCGGUGCGGUCUGGCUGUUGAUCACAUGGUAAACAGGAACGACCCACUGACCCGUUAACUGGCGGAUCAGAACCGCCGUCUGUUCCUCCAGACCUAUAGCCUGUAACCCUCCGUCUAGAAACUAGGACCAGAGACUUGUGUUGAUGCAGCAGAUGUCAGAACAUUUCACAUACUGGAACCUGAUUGGCCCAGAUGUUUCCAGGGAACCAAAACGUUAGCCGCUGAAAAGCUUAAGAUGCUAAACCGCUACGUACCUGUUCAUCCACAGAAAGUUAAAACUAAGUUUGUUCAUGUUUAUAGCAGGUUAAUACUUUUUGUGUCAAAUCAUACAUAGAAACCAUACUAACUUCUUUUUUUUCAAGAUGGCCACCAUGGUUGUCAUGGAAAAUAAACUUUUGCACAAAAAUUGCAAAUUAGAUGAAAAUGUUUUUAGCUAUGCUAAUGCCAAAUUGAUACAGUUAGCAGAAGCUAACGCUACACCGCUAAGCAUAUUAAAAAUGACCAGAAGCUAAUGCUUCUGCUAACUGUAACUCCAUGAAACGGAAGCUAACGCUAAUCAUUUCAUAUCAGGACUUUCAGCUGUGCAGCCGGUUCUGUUUCCAGGUCCGAUUUGGUUGCUUAAAAACAAACAAUGUAACCAGAGAGAUGGCUCUGUUGGACCGCUCCAGAACCUGGUACCGGUUCUGUAGAACGGAGCAGCUGGGCGGACGGAUCUGUCCCGGAGGCGUCGGAGCGACGCCGACAUGUUGAGACGGGUCGACAUUCCUUGGGUUCCUGGCAGGUGCAGAACGCCCCAGCUGAGCGGUUCCAGCGACCCGGUUGGUUCCUGGUACCGCUAGCGAGGAGGAGGGGUCCAGAACCCGUCAGAACCUGCCACGCUCAACAGCUGGUGUUCCUCAUCACAGAUGAAGAGGUUCUGAACGACCCGAUUGCUCCAGGAGACGGCUCAGACAGCAGAACCUCAAGUGUUCUGGUUCUGACCCAGACAAACCGGGUCGGUUCCUGUUUGUCCAGCUCUCCGGAUUCAUGGAGCUCAGCAGGAAAUCCUGCUUCCUGCUGAGCCACCGACCCGUCCCAGAUGGUUCUGCUGGAACCGGGCCGGGUCAGAACCAGAUGGAUGUUUCCUUUAGAAUGAGCAGAACCUCCCUUAUCCAUACGGGUCGGUUCUGUUCUGCAUCCUCAGGAUCUUAAUAAAAACUUUUCUACAAACUGAUUCUGUUUUCAUCUUUGAAUAAAAUCAUUAAAAUCAAACUUCAAUGAAAGUAAAUAAACGGUUCUGAUCCGGUUCCCGACCCGGUUCAGAUUCCCAGCAGGAAUCCUCCUCCCUGCUGCCGGAGCCUUCAUCAACCAUCUGCUGACCCGCCUAACGACCCGACCAGUUGGUUCCCAGUUGGUUCCAGGCAGCGUUUUAAGGAUGUUUAUUGGUCCAUAAAAGCGACAAACGCUAUGCCGCUAACACUUAGCUUUCAUCAACAACUCAGGCGGACGUCAGAGCGCCGCGCAACGCAAGCACCGACCCGGCCGGAACACGGCGCGCUAAAUAAUAAAACAUAAAUUAACGAAGCUUCGUGGCAGAUAAAUUUUCCUCAACAAAUUUUAAUAAUCAAGGAACUCGAAUCAUUCGAGGAAUCGUUUCAGCCCUAGAGGGAAUGUUCUGGUUCUGUUUACUUUGGAUCAGGAAAUAAAGAGAGAAUUAGAUCAUUAGUUACUGUUUGAUCCAUUUAUUGAUUUUUCUGCCAUUUUCGUCAGGAUCAGCACUCCGUAGUUUCCAUGUCUGGAGCCAAUACAAGGAAGUUCUGAUGAAGUUCUGAUGAGCCUGGUGGGUUUUCAGGCGGUUCUGGUUCAGCAGACUCUCUGCUUCAGAGCGAGGCGUCGGUUCUGAUGUUGUCGGGUCGAAGGGAGGAAGAGUUAAUAUUGACUCAGCAGCUGUUUGCUCUCGGAGCCAGAGCGGGGUGUCAAUACCUCCCCGCAGCGCCCCCUGCUGGGUGAACACUUCCUGGAUGUGAACACUUCCUGGGUCUGAACACUUCCUGGAUGUGAACACUUCCUGGAUGUGAACACUUCCUGGAUGUGAACACUUUGUUUCCAGGUCUGGACGACAGCCUGCAGCCGUACGUGGCGGCGUUCCGGCAGCAGCGGGUCGGCGGGCAGCAGCUGCUCCGGUUGGGCCACCAGGACCUGCUGGCGCUGGGCGUGGCCCGGGUCGGGCACCAGGAGCUGGUUCUGGAGGCCGUGGACCUGCUCUGCUCUCUGAACUACGGCGUGGAGUCGGACUGCCUGAAGACGCUGGUGGGGAAGAUGAGGGCGGCGCAUCGCAACCUGAGCGGCGCCGUGACGCAGCGCAGGAAGAACCCGGCCUACCAGAACAAGAACUCCCAUCAGCCCUCCAACCAGUUCCUGAGCGCCGUGGUGGAGCUGAUCGCCGCCGCCAAGAGCCUGCUGGGCUGGCUGGACCGGUCUCCAGUGACGAGCCCCAGCGACUUCACGGCCACCAGAAGCACCAUCAUCCAGCUGGGCCUGGAGCUGACCUCCACCGUGCAGAAGGACUGCAGCGUGUUCCAGAUGGAGGAGAAGAUCCUGGAGGUGUCCCAGGCUCUGAACAGCGUCUGUGAGAAGACGGUCCAGGCGACCUCUGACCCCUCUAACACGGAGCCGUCCUGCCUGGAGGAGGUUCACAUCACCAACGUCAGGCCUGGAGAAGGACUGGGGAUGUACAUCAAAUCCACCUACGACGGCCUUCAUGUUGUCACGGGAACCACGGAGAACUCUCCUGCAGAUCAAACCCAGAGGAUCCACGCUGGAGAUGAGGUCAUCCAGGUCAACCAGCAGACUGUGGUGGGCUGGCAGCUCAAACACCUGGUGGAGAAGAUGAGGGCGGAGUCUGGCAGUAUCACCUUGGUGCUGAAGAAGAGGCCUUCAGGAACGUCGGGAAUGGCCGCUGCUCCGCUUAGAAACCUGCGCUGGAGACCGCCACUGGUGCAGACGUGUCAGGGCGCUGCGGAUGUCUACGGAUCUCCUCAAACCUCAGACGCUGCAGGCAGGAGAGGGAAGACCUCCAUCCUGGAUCUGUACAUCCCUCCGCCUCCAGCAGCUCCAUACGUUCCUCUGGAGCUCAGCGCCUCCUCACAUCCCACGUCUCCAAACUCGUCUCUGGACGCAGACGUCCGCCAGCGCCUCGCCGACGAUCCUCCUCCUGAAGUCAAGCAGCUGGUCCCGAUCCGCCUCAGACAGCGAUCCGCUUCCCGUGGUAAACCCCGACCCGUCUCCAUGCCGGUCAACUCCGUCCUGGGAGUCUCCGGGUCUUCGUCCAAACGCAGAACUCAGGGAAGGAAAGGUAGAGACGAGCUGCACCGGUACCUGAGCAACGAGCGGAUCGGCGCCAUCGCUGAGGAGGAGCCAGCCUUCGGUCUGCCGUCCCGCGGAUCGCCAUCGGUCCGCGGUGUCGAUCACAUCAGAGGCAGCCGCUGCCUGGUCGGCGCCGACCUGCACCACAACGCCACAAUGCCGUACCAGGAGGCCGCCGCCACCAAGAAGCUUCCUGCUGCCGCACAGACCAGAGCCAAGACCGGGUCAACGUCUGUCCUGGGCGGCUGGCUGGCCCGGCUCAGACUGCUCAGUCACUGAGGAGGAACGUCAGGAACCUCCCAGCAGGAACACCGCCGCUGGGAGGUUCCUGCUGGGAGGACCCGCUUCUUUCAGUGACACCAACACAGAGACUCGUCUGAACGUUGAGCUCUUCUCCAACGGGGUCAGAAGACGUCGUGUUCCUCUGGUCCAGGUCCCUACGGAAACGCAGAGGCCGAACCUUCAGGAACAGACUGAGGAGCAGAAGGUUGGAUCCGGUCAUCAUGCUGAAAAUGUGAGGCGCUCCGGUCCUUCAGAAUGUUCCUGAACUCUGAUGCUCCUGGGAGAACCAACGCUGACGUUCAGCUGUUAAGGCCUGGUCCAGUAUCGGGUCAUGGACCAGAACCUGCUUCGUCCAUGACCCAGCCAGAGGAACCUGAACAUCCUCCAUUGUUCUGCUGAAGAGGAGCAGAGACAUGAAGAAGAUCAUUGGCGAUGUCCUGAACUUUGACCUUGUUUCUGUUCCUCCUGGAUCUGCUGCAGGUUACGCUUCAGGCCCAACCAGAACCAGGGUUCUACUGACUGACUUGAGAUUCCUGGAGGUCCAAGUCAGGAGCCCUGCAGAACCCUCAGGGUGUUCCUCAGGGAAGUGUGUUUUUGUUCAUUUGGGAAGAACAGAUGUCUAACUCACAGGAAGUGAAACUUUCUAAAGUUUAUUUUUAUAAAUCUGGAUCCUGCUGGGCUCUCAGGGGUCUCAACCUGCUGGUAAACGGAGAGCGUUUGCUCCGAUGUUUUGGGAAGCUGUUGAUCUGCUAAGGUCACAUGAUUGCAUUUAACCGUUUCUGCUUCAUGCUGUCUGAUUGGUCCAUCAGCUCAAUGAAGUGGAAUUUAAUAAAUAUUCCUGCUCUGCU